GAUAUGGUUUGGGUUCUCAACCAGUCCUCAAUAUUAGGCUAUUAGCUGGUGUGUUUACCCCCACCCUCCCGUCCAAGCUCUCUCUCGUUCGUGUGAGGAAACUGGAAACUCCAUAAUUUUCUUCCAUUUUUCUAUUUAUUUGUUUAUUUUCUUUCAUUUUUUACUGUUUUUGUUUUCUCUUUUGUUCCUCUCUUUUAUUUUCUACUAUAAGAUUAUAGAUCCCUCUCCUUGUAACGAUUUGCUCCACGGCUUAAGUUUCAAUCUUUUCCUCUUCAUCUGUUCUUCCCUGUAAGCCGGUGGCUAGAGCAGUGAGUUAGGGUUUAUUUUCCAAUCGCUUAUCCUCAUUGGGGCUCUAUCCCCCUCACUCCCUCGUCUUUGAAAUUCCAAAACCCAGAAGUUCGUAUAAGCAAAGAUUUUGAUUGGAAUUUAUUUGCUUUUUGUGGGUUUUCUUUGAACAUUAGAACCUGUAUUGAAUGGAUAUGGUUCUAUAGUUCAGAGGGAAAAUGGCUUUUUGGUGUCGGAUUAGAUACUCCAGGAUCAGUAGCCUAUCCUCUCCAUGGAAGAGGUGUUACUGUCAGGUUCCUGAUGUUAGGUUGGCAAAUUCAAUAUCCCGAAGGAACACAACCCAGGUUUCAAGGAAUACUGAUUCCUUUUUCCGGCAGAGAUCGGAGCUUUACGACACCGUUCGGUUUUUCGCGGCACCUGUCCAGGCUAAAUCGAAGGUGGAAGUGAAAGAUUCUGGUGGGCCUAGGAUUAAUGACCAGAUUACUGCUGAAUUUAUUAGGCUUGUCCUGGAUGAAGGGCAUGCAAUUGUCUCGAGGCGUGAGGCUGUAGAACGUGCAAGGAAGCUCAAGCUUGAUUUAGUUGAGGUUCAACGAAAUGCAAAACCACCUGUCUGUAAAAUCAUGGACUUCCAUAGAGAGAAGUACAAACAACAACUAAAGGAAAAAGACCGUUCGAAAACCAAGUCUGAGGUUACUCUGCGCAAAGGAGAUUGCAAAGAAGUACGCUUUUCUGGGAAAACUGAACAAAAAGACCUUCGGAUGAAAGCAGAUACAGUGAAGAGGUUGAUGGAACGUGGAUAUCGUGUAAAGUGUAUGGCCAUGGGAACAGAAGAGCAAGAUCUGGGAGGACUAUUAUCUCGUUUAUCAGCUUUGAUAGAAGAUGUUUCCUUGGUGGAAAGUGGACCACGGGUGGAAAAAAGGCAGGCCUACGUUAUAGUCAGGCACAUCAAGUUUGGCCCCUCAAAGAAAGGCCCCAGCAAAAAAGCUACUCAAGCUGUGGGAACUACUGGCAACAAUGUUCCAAAGGCAACCACAUCCAAAGCUGUGGGAACUACUGGGAACGAUGUUCCAAAGGCAACCACAUCACCACCGACCCUCAAUAGUGUCGGCCCAAUUCCAAGUGAUCUGCACAUUGAGGAUAAACCCUCUGAAUCUGGACUAGAAACUGAGGAUGAGUUCAUUAUUGAUGAAGCAGACUCAUCCAUAGACAGUCUGAUGGAAACAGCUGGAGAAGAUAAUGAAGCAAAAGAUGCAUCUUGGUCAGUUUUUAAUGAUAGUGAUGAUUUUGAGCAAGUGUUUGACUUUGACAAUAAUGGGAAUGGGGUUGAUUCAAGUUCUGCCAAUGUACAAAUGGAUGGUGUAGCAGUCCCAGUCCCCCAACAAGAAAAUGUUGACAGUGCAGUCUUGUUCCCCAAAUCAGUACCUGGAUCCAAGAAAGCAGCUGAGUCAUCAGUUGGUGGUGAGAAUAGGUGCAGAAGUAGCUAUCCUGUGAGCAGGUUGCCAAGCUCAAUGCAGAGUUCCUCAACUGAGAGUGACCUGUUCUCUGAACCAUCAAAGUUUUCUUCAUCAGGCCAAAGUAGCCAUGUUACUAGGGGCUCUGGUGCAAUGGACUUGGGGAGGUUAGGGUCACAGUUUCCAAAUCAAGGAAAUCAAGACAGGCAGAGACAAACAGUUAUGAAUGUUUCUCCAUCAGCAGCUCCAUCAGCAGGACAAAAACAAUUUGGAUCUCAUGGCUCAUUGAGAAAUGUGCAGCGUCCUUCCACAGAUGAGACUGAAAAGCAUGGUCCUCCAAUUUCCUCGGCAUCAAGUUUUGGCAUUUUUAGUGCUCCAAAGCCUACUGCACAUGGUAAGGAUGAUGCAGGAAUGGAAGGGAACAUGGAUAAGGGAAGAAGCCCCUUUGAUGUAAAAAGGAGUCAACAUUUAAGUGGGAUUUCUUCUGAUCCAAAGUCACCCACAUCAAAUGCUGAGAGCAGGCAAAGGCCGGAUGCCAGUACAUACAAACCAGGGGGAUGGGGAAUAUUCAGCAGGGAAGGCACUGCUGUGAACAACAAUAGGGUUUCUGAUAAUGAAACUAGAGUGCAAAGAUGAUCUCUGUUGCAAAAAAUGGUAAGUUGUGUCUGUCUAUUUAUGUGGCUCCAGCCUUCCAGGUGCACAUUCCUUAGUUGAGAAACUGUCAUAAAUGUACUUCCCAAGUUAUCACAGCACUCAAUAUUGAUGCUGUGGAGUAGGGUUUCAAGGACUGCAGAAGUUUUCUCAUGAUUCUGCAGCAAAAUUUUUUUUGGGUGAAUGAUUCUGCAGCAAUUUUUCAUUUGUAAUUUAUUGGAAGGGAAUUUUUGGGCAAAAGGGAUUCCAACAUAAAUCAACUUUCCCCCCUUGAAUAAUGCAAACAUUUUGAAAUAUAUUACAUUUUUACUUUGUUUUGACA